GCAUCACCUCAUCACUGCAGAUUAUGCGACCCAGGUAUUGCUGGUGGUGCAUCAACAGUGCAUGUUUUCAUUUCUAUGUGGCAGCGAAAGGUAACCAUUCAUAUGUGGCACACUUCUCAUCUUCUUGCCACUGCAUCGUGCAUAUCAUCUCGGCUCAUUCAAUCAAAGUGGACAGCCACAGAAAUCCAUCCACAUCAUUGCCCGUUACGUGACACAAUGCAGACAACUGAUACGCAUGGCGACUGCGGUACUAACUGUCUGGUUCUGAUCCAGGCUGUUGCCUUGAUGGGGCUCGACCGAAAGAAUGCGUGGAAGGACUUGACCACUGGAGUUAAUGCGGACUCGCGCUGCUCUGAAGGUUUUUGAAUAAUGGUCCGCUCUAUCGAUAUCAUUUGCGGAGGCAGAGCGAGGUUAGAAUCUGAUAACACAACAGUCAACCU